GUGGAAGUCCUUCUGCACAACAUGGUGUGCGGGGGGCGUGGGGUGUGGACGCGCCCAGCUAUGUCCCCGGGAGGGAGUGGGACAGAGACUUAUACGAGACCUCCUCACAGUUUGAUUUUGGACCUCAGAGAAGCAAACCAGAAAGGGAUUUGUUUGCCCUACGAAACCCAACACCCAGCUCCUCAGGGACGCCAUGUCUACCGGUAUUUGUCAUUUUAAGGAUCGCUGCGUGUCCAUCCUGUGUUGUAAAUUCUGUAAGCAAGUGCUCAGCUCUAGGGGGAUGAAGGCUGUCCUGCUGGCUGAUACGGAAAUAGACCUUUUCUCCACAGACAUCCCUCCUACCAAUGCGGUGGACUUCAUUGGAAGAUGCUAUUUCACUGAAAUCUGCAAAUGUAAACUGAAGAAUAUUGCUUGUUUGAAAUGUGGAAACAUUGUAGGUUAUCAUGUGAUUGUUCCAUGUUGUUCCUGCCUUCUUUCUUGCAAUAAUGGACACUUCUGGAUGUUUCACAGCCAGGCAGUUUAUGAUAUUAACAGAAUGGACUCUUCUGGUAUAAACUUUCUUCUGUGGGGCAACUUACCAGAAAUAGAAGAGACUACAGAUGAAGCCAUAUUAGAUAUCUCAAAUGAGGAGUGUAUUAGAUAAUGAAAUUAUGACAUGUAUGCUAGUCAACCUUUUCC